AUGCCUCAAAUGAAUAGUACAGUCGUUGUUCUAGCUGUUGCAUCUGGAGUAUCGCCCAAUGGUCUCAUCCGUUUUGAGCUCCUUCAGCUUUCUGCCAAUAUCGUUCCUGCUUCUCAAGCCGGAGGGGUUGGUGGUAAUGACGGUAAUUCGGGUGCGAUUUCGAAGGGAGCUAGGUUUUCUCCUUAUCCGGUGACUUCUCCUCGUAAGACUGCACCGGGAAUUGUGUCUGUACAGACUGUGACUAAUCCUGGCACGUCUGCGUCGACUGGUCCAGUGUUAACGGAUGCUACGUGCGAAGAAGCUGUUGAACGUGCGGGCGGUAAAACGGCUCAAUCUGGUGAUCAGGUUACUGAUGAUGUGCCUGAUGAUGCUGACGAAUCUGCUAGUGAUGACGGCGGUCAGUCGUCUCACGGCUCAGCUUUGGCUUCAUCGAACACGCUCGGGUCUUCAGAUGUAAACGGGAACCCCGCUGCAAAUGUGCCUGCACUGGCGUCCGUUUUUGCUUCUCUCAACGACGCUCAGAUUCAAGCUCUUCUGAGUGCGCGGCAAGGUCCUCCUGCUGUUGCAUCAGAGAGUUCUCAACCCGUUUCCUCUACUAUAUCCCCUCCUGCAGAUGAUAAGAGUAGUAAGACCAGGAAGACGCGGAGGUCGAGGAACACGUCGAAGAAAUAUGUGCUGUACGUUAACGUAGGGAAAUUCGAGUUGCAUUGA